AAUGAUGGCAAAUUUUGAAAAUCAUUAAAAUACAUAAGUUCCUUAAUCCCAAAAUUAAAUGUAGAAUCAAUAAGAAGUAGCAACAUUUAAAAAUACAAAGGCCACCAUAGAUCUAAUUGCAUUAGAAAAAUAAUUUACUACUCCAUCUAAACUUUAAUCAUUGAGUGUACUAAAAUUUGAUAUAGGAUAUAUAAAUCAAAAUAUAAUCCCAAAUUAAAAAAAAAACCCUGAAAUAACUAACUUCUAUAAAAAUCUCGUAUGCGAUAUAAUUGUAAUUUAUAGGUAUCAGAAUUGCAAUAAUAGCUUUCAACAAUAACAUAGAAUAUUAAGGAUGAAUAAAUUGAAGAAAUAUAAUAUAUGAAAAUGGUGAAUACUACAUUAUAAGAGGAAUAACUAAAGUUUACAAUAGCUACAUCAGUUAUGAAGAAUAGAAUUGGUUUGAGAUGUAGAACAUUACAAUAAGAAAUACAAGGAUUGCAAAAUAAUAAAUUUGAUAAAAUUUGUUAAGAAUUUGGUUGUGGUCCUAGUUUGACAUAAAAAUUGUUAUUUUAAGAAUUUUAAGAUAAGCCAUUUAAAUAAAAAGCAAAAGAAUUAUUUAUUAGGCACAAAGAAUAUUUAAAUUUAAUAUAAUAUUUAAGUACUCAUUUGAAAGAAGAAAAAAGAGAGCUUAUUGAAUUUUUGAUAGGUAAACUAGAAAAAAGCAAAGCCUUUUAAAAUGAUUUGAAGGAAGGCAAAAAUAUUGAUUAUUCUAAAUUCUACAUUUCUGAAUUCAAAGAAAUAACUGAAGAGUAAUUUCUUGGGAUUUCUAAAAAAGAAUAUUUGGAAAAAAUAUAAAAUAUGCAGGAUUAAGUGAAUUAAGCUUAUAAAGAAGAAUAACUUUAUUAUAAGGUGGCAUCUCUCGCUAAACCUAUUGUUUAAAUUAUUCCUGGAACAAAUUAAAUGCAGAGAAUCAGUCCAGCAGAUAUAUGCAAGCAAUAUUUUGCUAGAUAUGAAGAAUUAUAGAAAUAUUUGACAGAUUAAAAAGAUGUAAGUUGGACUCCUUUGCCUAUAUUUAAAUUGGAUACUGAAAAUAGAGAAAUUUCUACUGUAAAUAAAGAUGUUCAAAAUGGAAUACUAAGAAUUCAAUUUAAAAAUUUUAUAAAUGGAGAUAAAUUCUUUAUUUAAUUUGAAUUAUUAAUUGGAAAGUAAGGAAUUAUUUAUUUAAUUAUAGUUAAGUAUAUCAAGCAAAAACAGAGUAAGCUGAUGGUUAAGGUAGAUUGAAUUAUAAUUAAGAUAUAAAUCUAAAAGAAUUUAAGAAUGGAACAAAAGAGAUUCAUUUAUCUGUAAUAGAUAUUAAGGUAUUUAACAAAGGAUGGCUAUCAAAUGAUUUAAAAGGAUAAGGUAAAAUUGAGUUGAAUGAUUUGCUUGAUAUGUCUACAAUAGAAGGUGAUCUUUAAUUGAAUGAGAAAACUGUUUUACAAUAUAGUAUAAUGUUGAGGGAAUCAAUUAAUAGAAAAAAAACUGUAACUACAGCAUAAAUACUGAAAACUUACCCAAAAUUUGAUAAAAUAAGUGGAUUAGAUGAAUAUUUGGAAUAAAAACUAAAAGAAAUACCAAAUGAACCAAUUUAAUAUUCAAAGCUUGAAAUUAAAAAACUAUAAUAAUAAUAAUAAAAUUAAAUUGAAGAAGAAGAAUGUUAAGGUCCAUAAUUAUAACCAGAUUAAUUAAUUGUAUUAUUAUUAAUUCAAUUAGAUUCUUAAUCAUUAAGAGAUUGAUGAAGAAUUUUUAAAUGUUAAAAAAUUAGCAUAAUAAAUGCCACAAUUAGAAGAAGAUUUAUUGAAUCCAGAUAAUCCAUUAAAAGGAAGUGUUUAUUAUUUUUUAGUUUAAUAUUCCUCUUUUUUAUUAUAGAAAUCUGUUGAAUUAAAAUAAGAUCCCUCCCAAAAAUUACAUUCAAGAUUUGUUUAAAAAUUAGGGGAAGAUUGUUUAAGAUAAUAAAAUAAACUUAAAAAAAAAUUAAUGGAUGAUAUGGAGGGUUAUUUUGAUGAUUUGUAAAAGAUUAUAAAAAAAGAUUAAUUAAUUAUUAAAUUAUAUAAGUAGGCUUUAGCACCAAAUUGGUAGAAAUUUGUAGAAGGCAGAUUAGAAAUUGCAUUAUAAGAAGAGAAAGCAAUUUAAGAAUAAUUAUGA